UCUCCGGGCUGCUGGGGACACCGGAGGGCACCAUAUCUGUCGUGAAAUAGGACUAAUCACCUUAGCCGAGUUCAUAUUUAAGGCCAGGGGAAGUAACGGAGACAGUGUCUGCUGCAGGGGUCAGAUGUGCUUUUCAACCUGCAGGCAGAGGAGCGUCUGCAAUUGAAAGGCAGAAAGCCUUCCGGUGGACUUUCCGUGAGCAGCGUCAACACCAAGGCGUCUUCCCAGAGGAUACAAUGGACCCUGCAGAGCCUCGUAGAAAUAUGCCUGUGCCCGGCGAACCCGGCAGUCCAGAAGAAAGGUAUCUGUGCCGGUUAUCUAGUGGAAUGACACUAGAAGAAUUCCAUCAGUGGCGAGAGAUAUCGAUGAUAAAUCCCACGAUGGCCAUGAACCCUUUAUUGACAGCAUCCGGGCAGCAAAGGAUCUCACUGUUUCCCUCACCAUUUGAACCUCUGCCUGUGGAUAGAGAUGUAUUGCCUUCCACUGUGGCUCCAACUGACCCAAGACAGUUUUGUGUUCCAUACCAAUUUGGAUCCUCUGUUCAACCAAAUGCAAAUAUGCCGAACAUGAUGCCCAAUCGUGUCUACUCAGGUUGGGGCAUUUUACCACCUGAAUCCUUAAAAGCAAUGGCCAGGAAGAAUGAAAUGAUUCAAAGGCAGCAUGCUGCCAGGAUGGAAAUGGAAAUGCAUGCCAUUUACCAGCAAAGGAGAAUAGACAAAAUAAAUCCCAAAGGAUUUGCAGGCCUGAGGGUACCAUUCCCCUAUGGCUCCAGUAUCCCCAGUGGCCCAGCCACCUGCCAUGGCAGGAGCAUGCUCCCUGCCGGUGACCUGCACUUGCACAGACGCUCCCUGAGAAGUGUUCAUGGGAACCCCAUGCUAGUGGCAACUGGUCCACGCUAUCUAGAGGGGUGGGGGCAGAAAUGUCGUCGUCUCAGGAGAGGUAUGGGGAAUCAGAAAGUUCUAGACAGUGAUAUUGAGAGUUCCAAAAGUCAAGCAGAAGAAAUAUCCAUAGGCCAGGUUCAUGUGAUUCCCUAUGAAGAGGAUGAGUAUGCAAAAGACCCAGAAACGGAAGCUCUCAACAACCAGAAGUCAAGCGAAGUCAACGAAAAGCCAACUGCAGUUCUUGCCAACACCUGUGGAGAGUUGGAGCCCACCCACAGAGAACCCUGGGGAGCUCCUGACGCUCCCAUGGAAGCCAAGGCCUGGGAUGGUGGGAGAGAGGAGGUUGCAGCCUGUGGUGAAAAGAAUGGGGUUUACCCUCCAGUUCCUCAACCAUCUUUGCCAGGAACACAUGUACUGGUUACAAGAGGGGAGACUCUGUCUUUGGAUGCGGAUAUUCAGAAGUGGACCGUGAGUGAUGUGCACAGCUUCAUCCGUGGCCUUCCGGGUUGUUCAGACUAUGCUCAGGUAUUUAAAGAUCAUGCAAUUGAUGGAGAAACUUUGCCAUUACUCACAGAGGAGCACCUUCGAAGCACUAUGGGGCUAAAGCUAGGGCCGGCGCUAAAGAUCCAAUUGCAGGAGGCUGUGCUCGGAUCUGAUAUGUGUAAGUGCUUCCAUGAAGCCCAGCUGAGCUGUUAGAGCCAUGCCCCAUCUGCCAGCAUAACAGGACAAGGCUUCCACAGAAGCUGGUAGGAGGGUCGGGGAGUGGAGGUGGCCGGCUGAUCCCAGACAUUCAACCAAACAGGGUGGUUGUAGAGCCCAAGGGAUUGGGAAUGUCCAGGGGUCCAACGGAACCAGCAGAAUUGGAAGAUUCUGAGUAACCUCUGGAAGACGUAGGAGAUGAGCAGGCAGGAGUUCCUCAGACAAGGUAUCUUGGUGGAUAAGAAAAACUCUCAGUCUCCAAAAUGGGAAUCACAGGCAAUAUUCUAUAUGGAGAGCCUACUAAGAAGGAAACCCUUUCUCCAGAAUAGAGGCUUAGAAGGUACACCUGAACUGAGCAUGAAAGGAGUAGGAGGAAAAAAGAAUUACUGGUAUUUGAGAACUCAAAUAGUAUUAACAUGGAGGAUGCUGGGUUUGAGCUGUGACAUUGUGAACACAGCUCACAUAGAAUAGAAUAUAGAAUCCCUGGGUCCCAUUCAGGUUUGUGUAGGAGCCCAAUGGUUAGUGUUGGGCACUAACUGUCAUAACAGCUCCAUUUCUGUCUCAACACUAAGUCAACGGCAGGCCAGCUGUGUGCUGAGGUUGUCCAAAGAAUUCCAGCCUUUAGCCAGGAGAAGGACCGGCUGGGUGUUGGGGAAGGUGGAGGGGGGUGCCUGUGGGACCUCUUGUGAGACCAUUGAAAAGGGAGAGGUGGAGUGAACUCAGAGUGAAAAGAUUAUGUGUACAGAUGAGCCACAGCAGAACUAGGAAUGGGAAUUGGAAAGUUGCUACCACCUUGAUAGCCAGUUUCACAGCAGUGACCACUGUAUGAAUCUGAGAGAAAGAAAAAGGCCACUGUGUCCUAGAAUCGUGUCCCCCAAAACUAUAUAGAUGCCCAUGCCUGAAAUUACCGCAGCCUCCCUGCCUCUGUGGCCAAUCACAGUAUGCUGGGCUAUUGAAAGAAUUCAUAGGUUUAAUUACUAUAAUUAUUUUGUCUUCAAAGGUAUCUCAGCAUAUGGAAAGUAUGUUCUACAAGAAAAGUUUUUCGCUUCCUACCCACAUGAAACAAGCAUUUGACCAACCAGCAGACACGUCC